GUUGCCGGAGCGACAGGAGCCCGUCUCACUGGCGCCGGUUGGGGAGGUUGCGCUGUCGCCCUAGUCCCGACGCCUCGACUGUCCACUUUUGUCUCCCAACUGACAGCAGCCAUGAAGGAGAGAGACAGAACCCUCCAAAUGGCGUCCGGAAUGGCUUCGAUGACCGUCGCGCUUGACGGUGAUCAAAUGACCUUCCGCGAAGAGGCGAGCGACACGACGACUGCUCUGUUCGUCAGCCGACCGGGCCGGCCGGCCGGGUUCAUCAACCUGGCCCGCGGAUCCUUGUGA